UUGUACAUACAUUUAUGCAUUGUUAUCUAUAGCUUUGUGGUGUGUGGGGGGUUUUUGUGGGUUUGGUGGGGGUUUUUAUUAAGAAAAUGUAACUUUAUUAUUUUACAAUAAUGUCAGUAUUUUCCUGUAGGAUCUGGGGGAAGGAAAUUGGUUCAUAGUUUUGAAAUUCUACCCUGCUUGGUCUUAAAAGCAAAUACAGCAGUUUAAAUAUAGAUCUUCGAGUAGCUUCUGGGAAAGGGACUCAUGAAUGAAUUGAUUUUACUUUUAGUGUUCUUAUAACCCUAUUUUAAAAUCAUGAGGAUCGGUAAUUAGCUUUGAAGUAAAAUACCUCAAGGCCAUGCAGCCUUUCGGGUGAGUAUCUUUGAUCCAAACUAAUACUGCUCAGAAGUCCAGGAAGUUUUGCUGUUACUUCUUUACUGUAUAAAUGUUUCUUUCACAAGUGUGAUUUAUAAUGUAAUCUGUUUCAGUUAAGCUUUUUUUCAUUAUAUUUUGUAUAGUUGAGUGUGUUAAUGCUUCUGAGGCUGUAUAAAUAACAUGAUUAUGAUAAUUUUUUUAGGAAAAGUUUGAAACAAUACAAGCGCUUUACUGAUAGAUAAGAAGAAUGAAUUCUGGUACUAGGUUGAAGUACAGCCCAUGGCAUCGCAGCUUAAUAUUUUUAACGGCUUUUCUCUCUUCUAAGAAGCAGCCCAGAUGACUACCAUGUGAUAUGACUAGAUUUUCCAUUCAGUGUUUUUAAAACAAGAUGAUGUAUAGAAAAUACUCCAGGGGAGAAGAAAAAUCUAUCAAUAACCUUGGGCUGUUUCUUGGUUUUGAUAACAGUUGGCUGAAGGAGACCAUAUACAUUCUGUUAACAUAAUGUAGGAUGCAGUCUUAGGUUUGUUUUCUACAUUUGUUUGAUGGAAUGGCCCAACAUUAUCAUGUUUGAUAACUGAUUGGUACUGUACUAUCUUGCAGCAUAGUAUGCAUACUGGAGAUGUGGAAACCAUGUAGCAGAAAGCUUUGAGCAGUUGUGGAUUAUCAGUUUCUCCCAACAGCAAUAAAAAGCGAAAAAUGAAGGUGACUGGAUUUAUUUACCUAUGGACGUUGGUAUCACUGCCUUGUGGCCGGUUAGCAAAUCCUGCAGAACAUGAAGAUGUAGUAAAGCAUGCCAUAAAGCUGCACCGUGGGAAAGGAGCUGUUAUCACUCAGAGAAAGCAGUGGAUGUUGGAGAGCUGCAGAAAACUGUCUGGUCUUCUUCGCCAAAAGAAUGUUGUUCUCAACAAACUAAAAAAUGCUAUAAGAGCAGUUGAGAAGGAUGUGGGACUGUCAGAUGAAGAGAAACUUUUUCAGGUGCAUACCUUUGAAAUUUUCCAAAAGGAGCUAAAUGAAAGUGAAAACUCAGUCUUUCAAGCAAUCCAUGGCCUCCAGAGAGCUCUACAGGGUGAUUACAAAGAUGUUGUAAAUAUGAAAGAAAGCAGUAGACAAAGGCUGGAAGCCUUGAGAGAAGCUGCAAUUAAGGAAGAAAUGGAAUACGUUGAACUCUUAGCAGCAGAAAAACAUCAGGUUGAAGCCCUUAAGAGCAUGCAGCAUCAAAACAAAAGCCUGUCAAUGCUUGAUGAAAUUCUAGAAGAUGUCAGGAAGGCAGCUGAUAGAUUGGAAGAGGAAAUAGAAGAGCAUGCCUUUGAUGACAACAAAUCUGUAAGAGGUGUAAACUUUGAAGCAGUUUUAAGGGUGGAAGAAGAUGAAGCCAACUCCAAAAGAAAUGCUUCAAAAAGAGAAGUAGAAGAUGACUUAGGUCUUAGUAUGCUCAUUGAUUCCCAGAACAAUCAGUAUAUCCUUACCAAGCCCAGAGAUUCAACCAUUCCUCGUGCUGAUCAUCAUUUCAUAAAGGAUAUUGUGACAAUAGGAAUGUUGUCUUUGCCAUGCGGCUGGCUGUGCACAACAAUAGGAUUGCCGACCAUGUUUGGGUAUAUCAUCUGUGGAGUACUCUUAGGACCAUCAGGACUGAAUAGUAUCAAGUCUAUUGUACAGGUGGAGACAUUAGGAGAGUUUGGUGUAUUCUUCACUCUCUUUCUAGUUGGUCUGGAAUUUUCUCCUGAAAGAUUAAGAAAGGUAUGGAAAAUAUCUCUGCAGGGACCCUGCUACAUGACGGUUCUGAUGAUUGCCUUUGGUUUACUAUGGGGACACUUGCUCCAAAUUAGACCAACGCAAAGUGUCUUCAUUUCCACUUGUUUAUCUUUAUCAAGCACACCACUGGUGUCAAGAUUUCUUGCAGGUAGUGUUCGAGGAGAUAAAGAAGGGGAUAUUGACUACAGUAGCGUACUACUUGGCAUGUUGGUGAUGCAGGAUGUGCAGCUUGGUUUGUUUAUAGCUGUCAUGCCUACACUUAUUCAAGCAGGAGUGAGCACACAUUCCAGCAUUUUCAAGGAAAUACUGAGAAUACUGAUACUGAUUGGCCAAAUUCUCUUUUCUCUGGCUGCUGUUUUUCUUGUAUGUCUUGUUACAAAGACUUAUCUCAUAGGACCAUAUUAUCGCAAGUUGCAUGCAGAAAGCAAAGGGAAUAAAGAAAUCCUCAUUCUAGGAAUAACUGCAUUCAUCUUCCUUAUGUUAACGAUCACAGAGCUGUUGGAUGUUUCAAUGGAGCUGGGAUGCUUCUUAGCCGGAGCUCUGAUCUCUUCUCAGGGUCACAUGGUUACUGAGGAGAUUAUGUCCUGUAUUGAACCAAUACGUGACUUUCUUGCCAUCAUUUUCUUUGCAUCCAUAGUCUACAGGGCAUAUGGAGUUUGAAAUUGGGCAUCAGGACCAUAUCUGCCACUGGUGAGGAGGCACAUUACUUCCUCUGACUGACAAAGCUCUGUGUCCUCAAUGUGCUGUACAGAUGUACUCACUGGUCAGGCUCUGUGAUUCCCUUCUGGGUAAAUUUUGUGGUCAGUGUUAGACCUUGAAUGCAAGAUGCUGAAAACUCUUUAUCAGUGUGGUCUUUUUCUUCAGAAGAUGGGCGAUGCUGACACUGUCAGCAGUAUCACCAUCCAGAACAAUGAGCCUCUCGAAAUUUCUGUUGAAUUUGAGAGAAAUCAAAGGAAGAUCCCAACUGGAAUUCAUUAGGUGACAACAUCACCUUGCCCUUAUCCAUACAGCUCUACUGCUUUGUUGUCCUGCAUGGAACACAAGGUAACUUGGAGGUUUCAAGCUCUCAGAACUGACGUUAGAAUCCAGAGGACUUUCCCCUUUGCAGGAAAAUGGUUUUGCCCUCUGCUACUUAAUUUAACCACGGUUGUGGCGUUUAUUGCAUUUGCUAGCUGUGAUCUUAGGUUCAUUAAGACUCUUAGUAGAUACAGCAUCCCAGUGCAUCACUGAUGUGAUUUUUCUGAGUGAUGUCCUGUCUUGAGGAUGCAUUAGAAUUAAUUCUACUGGCUUCAGUUUGACCAACAGUUCUAGUUUCUGUAAUCUUGUUUGCCGUCAAGGAUCUCAAAGAUUCCUUUUCUUGAUGUUGGAUCUUCCAGCAUGUGGCCGUGACUGUAUUUGAAUCUUUGCGUGCUGUUUAGCAGCCAUGCAGCAGACUGGUGGAAUCUGUCUAAUCAGUGGGGAGGGGGAGUUUACCUGUUAAGAAAAAAGUACUUAUGAAAAGAAUGUGCAAAAUCUUGCCUGUAAUCAUCCGUAGAAGAACACAUACCAACUUAUACGAGUGAACUCUGCUUUUUGGCUUGACAUUGAUGCAAGGUCACCCUUGCCCUAAGGCCUCCAUGCCAGCUAUUCCAGAACCCUGCUUAGAAUUGAAGUCUGGUGGCUUGUGCUCAGCUCUGUGAAAGUGUACCUAAGUGAUAUCCUAGCUAUUGGUGACAGGCCAGCAUGCCACACGCUACCUGAUGACGGUGCUGAAGUUCUUGAAUUAUUUGAUUGAAGCCUUUCUUCCGUCCAUAGUGACUCCUGAGCUUAGUCACAAAAUCCGAUUAAAACCAUUGAAAUAAAUGCCCAUAUUCUUGCACCUUCUGUCCAUGAAGUUAAUCUUUGAUGGCGUUCAUGUUGUCGGGAAGGCUUCACAUGCUUGUGUAGCAGUAUGAUGUAACUUGUGGCCUUAUCCUAAGUUUUCAUCUAGGGCUGGGGCAAAGGUCUGUCAUGACCAUGAAAAAUCCACUAUGGUGGGAUUUAUUUCCCCCAAAACACAUCCGCGUGCUGGGAUGUUUGUUUGCUCGGAAUAGUGUAUGUAACAGGUUUAGGCUUGCUUCACCUUGCAGACAAUUCCAUCACAGGAUUAGUAUAGAAAUCUGUGAUAGUUUGUGCCUCAGCUCUUUCAAAUAUAGUAAUAAUCUCCGCAUUGGGAGGCUGUUCCAAAUGAACUUCAGGCUGCCUGUCUGCUCCAGAACUGAGAAGGUAGAUCAACUAGUAGUGAUGAGAGCACUAGGCUGUAUUUAUAGUCUCCCUUGGAAAUCUUCAAUUCCGGAUGUGGCAGAGCUGGCCAUCUUGUCAAACACGACGUUGUUACAGGCUGCAUUUCUUGAGUUGCUUUUCAUGUGUAUGGUUCUGAGACAGGCCUAAAAGUGAAUGAGAAAUGUGCAUGUGAUAAACAGCAAAAAAACAGAAGCUACUUGACCCUCCAUGUGCAUGCAUGCACGCAUUAGGAUUUCUUUUUUUUGGUGUGAUGUUCGUCCCUCGUUCUGCAAUCUCUCCCCUUAUUCUGACAGUCUUUUGCAUUUGUGCUUCAGUAGUUGGAAGGGAAUUAAGAAAUGAAACAGGGUGUGUGCCUGCUGACUGGGUAGUACUUGUACAAAAAUCUGAUUUAUUUGAAGUACAUUUUCAUCCGCAAUGGAAUGUGCAUAUGGACAAAACAUCACAAAGUUACUUACAGUAACUCCUCUUGUGCAGUCAGGAAUAGAUGACUCUUAGUUCUCCACAGUGCUGCUGGCUCUACAGCUUUAUGGGGCAGGGAAAAUUAGCGAAAACUUGUCUUGCGUUAAAAUGAGAAGUUACAGCAUCAAUUUAUGUGCCUCGUGCUGGAAAGCUAAACUGUUGUCCUUCACCAGAAAUAACUGGGUUGGAGAACUGCCAACUAUUAUGGAUUUAUCAGGAACACCACCACUAUUUUGGUUCCUCUUUUUAAGAGCUUUUAUGAAAAAGGAAUGAGCUUCUAAAGAUACAGAGUUAUGUUUCCCUGCACGAGUUCCUCAUACCCUUAGGAGGAAAAAAUGGACCUAGUCGGCUGUGAGUAAGAUUCUUCCUCAGUGACUCCAGGACUUCUCCAACAAAUGCUACUUUUUCUUCUGUUCAAUAUUAGCAGGACUUAGCUUUAAAUUGCUAUGCUUUUUAUGGUUCUUCUUUUCUCAUUUUUAUAAUUACCAAAUAAAAAUGACACAGACAAAAAAGGCAACCUCCUCCCCAAAAAACCCCAACAUCAUAGCAAUAGGGUUUUAUAUGAUUCCUUGAUUGUUAGACCAUGCUUAGGGGUUUAUAACUUCACCUGAUUCCAGUCUAAGUGACUUUUCCAGUUCAGGAAACACUUUCAGACUUUGCAUGUGAGCGUCACAGGAUCAAAACAGUUACAUUUUCUGUUUCUACAAUCUGUGCAAAUACUGAAUAUCGUGUUCUCCCACAGUGAUAGUCCAUUACCAUGUCAUACAAAAAUGUUAAACGGCUAGCAGUAUAUGUUACAAUCACUGUGCAGAACAAUGGAAUUGUUUUCCUGCAGUAUUUUUAUAGCUUUCAUUAGAGGUGUGUUUCAGUUUAGAUUCUGGAUUGCUGACUGGUGUGCAAGAGAGAAAACUUUAUAACUGGAAGUGCUCCUGCAUCGGUCAGAUACAAUUUAACUCAAUUGGGAAUACUGUUUGUGCUAAACCCAUCCGAAGGAAAAAAAGGUUGGAUAAUGCAGGAAGUGCUUUAGUGAUUAAGUAGGUAUACUGUUCAUAGGUAUGCUAGGGCUUUUUUGUGUUUGUUUUUUGAGAAUACGGUCUUGCAAUUAAAUCUAUUGUUAACUUAGAAAAUUGUCAUAGCAAGGUAUUGGCUUUAAACUUUGAAAUACUGUUUUCUUUCC